AUGUUCCGAUGCGAGCAGUUUGGUCUUUUUAGGAAACGGUUUAAGAUGGCCAUUACACUUUUGGCACACUUUCGUCUGAUAAAGUGCUUAUUUUACUUUUUUCUGCUACUCUUUGCCCCCCAAUUGACGAUUCUCGCUAUUGCAAAACUCGGUUCAGAGGACGGUGUCUUGGAUCCGGCCACAACACUUAUUGCAAUUUUCCCUUCGCCCAUGAUCUACGCAGGCCCACGCGAAGUCCAGUGGCACGCCCGUACUCGUCUGGUUGCUGGCGUCCAGUUCUAUAUAGUCGGCCGAGACCCGGCAGGUCUGCCGCAUCCAGCAAGCCCCAGAGCCGACCUCUACGACCCCACUCAUGGAGCCAAACCAGUCUGA